AAUCUCAGCCAAUAAGAAAACAAUUUCUCAGCAGCAUGUUCUCCACUGCCCUAACACUCCACCUCUUUCCCCUCCACAGAACCACCGAAUUCUCCCCCCACCACCACCACCACCGGAGCAGCCGCUACAGGCGUCCACACGGAAAGCCUCUGAGGAUUAAUGUGGCGAAAUUAUCUUCGAGCGUGAAAGAAGAAAUCGAGAAACCUCCACCGGUGUCAUCGGAGGGUUCCGAUGAGGGGAAUGAGGUGUUGACGAGCUGGGAGAGCAUAGGUCUGCCGCCGGUGACGGCGGCGAAGAGGGUGGUUCUAGUGAGGCACGGUCAGAGCACGUGGAAUGCGGAGGGACGGAUCCAAGGCAGCUCCAAUUUCUCGGUGCUCACUCAGAAAGGGGAAUCUCAGGCCGAGAUCUCGCGUCAAAUGCUUCUGGAAGAUUCCUUCGAUAUCUGCUUCUCCAGCCCGUUGAAUAGAUCGAAGAGAACUGCAGAGGUUAUAUGGGGUUCUCGUGCAGAGGAGAUCGUAACAGAUUACAACUUGAGAGAAAUUGAUCUCUACUCAUUCCAAGUUAGUAUCGAAUUCAAUGGCAAAUGGGAUGCACCAAAUUUCAAUAUAGACGGUCAUUAUCCAGUUAGGGAAUUGUGGUCGAGAGCUAGAAGUUGCUGGAAGAAAAUCCUUACACACGAAAGCAGAUCGAUUCUUGUGGUUGCUCAUAAUGCCGUCAAUCAGGCUCUUAUUGCCACAGCUAUCGGAUUGGGCACUGAGUAUUUUAGGGUUCUACUUCAGAGCAAUUGUGGUGUUAGUGUUUUGGAUUUCAUCCCAAAAUCUGAAGGCGGGUCUCCAGAAAUAUGCGUUAAUCGUCUUAACCAGACACCAAGUUCGCCUAUAUCUGCUGGCGGAGGAAGGAAAACUAGUACGAGGAUUAUACUCGUCUGUCAUGGAUUCCCUCAGAAUAACUUAGAGGGCAGCAAUCCUUUCUCUGUGGAUAUCCCAAUGAACAUGCUUGGAACGAUUCAGGCACAGAAAAUUGCCGAGCUACUUCUUGAUGCAAAGGUGAGCAUUGUAGUCAGCAGCAGUGCAGUAGCAUCGGUUGAGACAGCAAAUGCAAUCUCCAGAGUUCAAGAAGCUGCUGAUUGCUUGGGCGCUGAUUGUGUGCCACGCUAUGUGGACGCAAAGCAAGUAGCGGAUUUCGAUGUCGAGAAUAUCCUUCACAAAACAAAGAAAGAUUUGACGAGUUUUCAACCUCUUCAAUCGAGUUGGUUAAAGGGAUUCGAGGAAGAGGUAAAAAAAGAAUUAUGGCAAAAAUCAGGGGUCGCGUGGCAAUUAUUAUUGGAAGAACUUUCGAAGGGAUCGUCGAAUCCCGAAAAUGUUGUUGUUGCAGUUGGCCAUCCAGCUCUUCACAUUGCAAUGAUGGGGCAUUGCUUGAACCUGAGCGAUGAAUGGCUGGGAUUGUUUCAUCUUGAUGCUGGCAGCAUCAGUGUCGUUGAUUUUCCUGAUGGGCCCACCGGAGGAGGAGUGAUCCAGUGCAUCAACUACACGGCCCAUUUGGGUAGGUGGUCGGUACCGAUUACGAAAAUUAAAGGAAAAUAUGAGAACAUAGUUACAUAAGGUAUAUCUCUCAUUUUUCAGAGCUCGUUUCAUAUAAAUAUAUAUAUAUACACACACAAACACAAAAUUAUGUACACAUAAACACACACUCAGCACGCAUAAACACAUACAUAUGAAAACAUUCAAAAACUCACGUACACAUAUAAACACACACAUAAAGACACACAAACACAUUCCAUAUAUACACGUACACUCACACACACUAGGGUAUGAAGAAAAGGACAAGAUAAUGGGUUUAUACUGAGCUGCACCGGGUGAAAUUACACCGAGUAGAUAUUAACCAUUCAUGUAUAACACACAACACGCACACACCCGUAUUGGUGUGUGUAGAUCAACGAAAAUACACCAGGUGUAACUUUCAACAGGUGCAACAUAGAAUAACCAAGAUAACGUGACGGACUCACAACAAAUUAAGUAACAAUUUUAAAUUUGUGAUAGAAGGAUUCUUAGACAGUUUCUCUUUUAUUUAUUUGUCGACAUCCAGACUCCUUCAAUCAAAAAAUAUGAUUACUGU